AUGGCAGACAUAGAGCUUAAGACUUUUGAGGCAGCUUGCCAGAUACUCUCGGCGACUAAGGAGUCGAUAAAGGUAUCUGGUAGCAAAUCAACGUUGAAACCGGAGUAUAUUCCAAUUUGUGAUAUCUUCGCAAGGGCGAUUCUGGCAAGGGGAGGAAACUAUAGCAGCCUAACAAAGGACAAAAUCAGGAUGUUGGUCGGCCUGAUAGAGGGAACAAAGGUUAAUUGGGCAAAGGCGGUGUUCCACAACUUGAUGGAAAUGGUGAAACCGGACUCAAACCGGUCGUGGGGAUACGUCGUUCCUCUAGGUAAGAUCUUCCUUCAUCAUAAUCUCAACAUUGGUCCGGGCGUCACCGUUUCCUCAAGAAGCCUGAUACGGUCCAAACAAUUCCUGGAAAGGAAGCAGCUGGCCCCCAGUUCUACAAGUGGCCGAAAGAAGGCAACCGGCAAGAAAACGGCCCCAGCAAAAGAAAAGGUCGAAAGCAAAGGAAAAGAGAAAAGCCCCGAUAAUGCCGAUCCUAACGCAAAUCCUGAGACCACCGAAGGCGGUGAAGAGGGCGGUGAAGAGGAUGGUGAAGAAGGUGGUGACGAAGGCGGUCACGAAAGGGGGAACAAUGAAGAGAAGGAGAACGAGGAAGCAGAGGCCGAUAGGGUAACUCUGAAAGUCCUAAAGGGCACUAUACAGCGAGCCGAGACAAUUGAGGAGUUAUACCUGGAAUGGCACGAGCACCGGUUCGGCAAACCGUAUAGGCAAAUCCUACCGGGCUACACAGACGUGGAAUGCCUCCAUAGACUAAAGAGAGUGGAGGUCGUGAUCAUGGACCUUACAAAAUUCAAUACAAUUGAAGAGGUAUUACACCGAACCUACCUUUUAAAACCACAGGCACAACUACGGAAGCUAACCAUACGCAUCCGGAAGAUUACGGCGAAGUUCGAAGAGAUGGGACCGGAAGACACCUUAACACCGCUGGUGUUGGAAAGGCUUGAAAAAGCCAAAGGAGACCUUAUUCAAGAAAUUGACCGGCUGGAAGCAAUGUACGGUCAAAGGGAAAUACCGGUUUAUACAACUCCCCGGAUUGAUACAAGUCCGGAUCACUGCCCAACACCUCCAAGGGCAAAUUCGGCAACAGAGGAAUCCGACGAAAGAGCGGAUCCUAAUCUCACCGGGCAAUCCCCUCUUACACAACCGGAAGUCUCCGAAUCAGACUUCACAAAGGAAUGGGUUGAGAGCCGCUUUCAAGAAUUCGAAGACUCCGAGGUUCUCCCUUUGAAGGAGAAAUUUCAAAGAACCGUCAGCUCGGCACUCAAGUUCGCCAACACCACAAGGUAUCUUUUGGAUAGAACACAUGACCGGUUCUCAGAAAUUGAUGAAGAUCAACAGGAAGAGGCGGCCCUGCGCGGCAAACAUCUUAAGCGAACCGUAAUUUUGGAGGAUACGACCUCCGAGUUAAAGGAAAACUUUGACCGGCUUAAGAGAGAGAUCGAUCAACGAUUGACAACGAUGGCUGAUGACCUGGUCGGCACAACACUCGGACGGGCAUCCGAACUUGAGAAGAAGAUUGCCGGUCUCGAGGACGAACUCAAGGCGCUUUCCGCUCAAGUUGCCGAACUACUCCAAGCUAAGAUAAAUGCGGAUGCCGCGGCUAUAGAGGCUGAUGCCCAAGCGGCUAAGAAGGUCCAGGAUGAGCUGGAUGCCAAAGCAAGUAAAGAGACGGAGGCACCGCGACCAUCGCAACUUACCGAAGAGGAAGAGGAAGCCGAGCGGAUUAGAAGGGCAGAGGCCAAGUUCCCAGGACUUGCAAAGAAGGCAGCCGCUCAAGCUGCGAAGGAUGCUGCGCGGUUGGAAAGGGAAAGACGAAGGCUGGAAGGCUUCGCAGACGACAACAAAAAGAAAAAGGCGGCCUCUUCCGUUUCAGCUCCGACAAAGCGAAAGAGGGAACCUUCAAAGAAAGCCCAAAUAGCCGACCUGCUCAAUGAGGUUACUGAAACCGUCAUUGGGAGUACACCGCAGCAGGUUCCUCAAGUCGACGAGGAGGAUGAAGAACACCUAAAGCCCCGGAAGAAUAUUAAUGUCAACAACUCCAUUACCAACUCUCCUUCUCCUCACCCUUCAGGCAAUGUUCCUCUAGCCAAUUCUCCCGGUGCACCUCCGCCGUCGACGGUUGUCUCGAGUAUAAGAAUUGAAACAAAUGUUCCAUGUCUAGAAAUAAUCCUAAGAAAGAGGACGAGAAAUGGGGGAGACAUGGGAGUCGGACCAUCUGUGCCACCUCAACUGAGUGCAACAGUUCCUCAAACAGCGGCGGCUGCGACAGUUGCUUUCAUAUGUUGCAUUUGCAAAUGA